GUCGUAUAAAGCUGUCGUGAGUCGGUUGUCGAUGUCGGAAUGAAAGAUGGUCAAGUCCCAUCUUUUUAGAUCCUUACGACUUACGACUGUGCGACUUGUGACUCGAAAUACGUGACAUAACCUUCAUUUUACUUGGUUUACUUCAUAUUACUUGGUUACAUGUUUGGUAUAUUUUAUAAUGGAAUCAUUAAGUACGGACGAAAUUAUAAUUGAUAUUGUUCGCGAAAAUUAUUGCAUAUACGACAAACGUAAUGUGGACUUCAAAAAUGUAAAAAAAAAGGAGGUGUGGCAAAAAAUUUCCGAAAAUUUGACAAGUUUUUAUGGCGUAAAUAUGUCAGCUGAAGAAAUCGAAAAACGAUGGUCAUCUUUAAGAGACAUGUUCAGUAGAGAAAAUAGACGUCAAAAAUUACCACCGUCAGGUUCUGGAUAUGAGCCAACUAAGGAAUGGGACUUAUACAGAAAUAUGUUAUUUUUAGUGCCUCAUAUAGCUCACAGACGAACAAAAACAUCAUUUGUUCAACCAAAUGAGUUACAAAACUCAUUGAAAACAAGUACUACACCAACAAAUAUUUCUUCAGUGCUACAGACAUACGGGCAUUCUAAUUUGGUUUCGUCAGUAGAUGAUUAUUGUGAAUCAUUUCAACCAAUAGAAGAGAACUUAUCAUCAUCAAAUAUUGAAAAUGAGGAAAACGUUAUGCCAAUUGAUAGUGAGAACUUAAAAAGGCCUAUUAGUACAUUUUCGAGCUGCAGCAGCACUAGCAGCUGUAUACAAUUGUCGGAGACAAGUACUAAUUUUAAUUCAAACUUGAAAAGUCCACCUGCAUUUAAACAAAAUAAAAAAAUAGUACCUGAAAUGGAUGAAUUUGCAAAACGCCGAAAGAACAAAGAUGAUGAAAUUGAUCGCGAUUUGAUGCAAGCAAGUAAAGAAAUAUCUGCAGCUGCAAAAGCAGUAUCAUCUCAAAUGUACAAACAAAAACAUGAAAAAGCAGAUGGUUACAUGUUCGCCAUAGAAGAAGGAUUGAAAUACAUUCCACCAAAAAAUAAAACACAAUGUGUUAUAGAAGUUCUUCAAAUCAUUCAAAAGUACGAGGAAAGGCAGUAAUGCAAUAAAUAAAGGCAAUAUUUCUUUAUUUGCUUCCGUUAAAUCGCGAUCAAUUUUAUUAAAACUAGAAAAAACAAUAUAAGAAGCUAGUCUUUGAUAUUGAUAAAAUUUUUUUUAUAUAAAAGAAGCAGUAUUUAACAGAGUAUUACAAUUAGUACAUUUGUGUUAUUGAUUUUUAUAUUUCAUAUAAGUCUGUUAAAAAAACUCUUCAUAUUUUUUUAACGUAUAUUUUUGAAAUAUUCUUAAGUUUGAGUUUAAAAUAUCCCUUAAGAUGUUAUUCAAUAUUUUAUGUUUUAUGUUUAAAAUAUCCCUUAAGAUGUUAUUCAAUAUUUUAUGUUUUAUGUUUAAAAUAUCUCUUAAGAUGUUAUUCAAUAUUUUAUGUUCUAUAUGUGAUAUAUGCAAGACUGCAAUUGACGAUUUGCUGCAAUAACGUAAUUAACCCACAUUUUGUGAUAAUAGAUAAUAAUAAUAAGUACUGUAGGAGAGAUCGAAUAGUAGCACAUUCCAAUAAUGCGUUUAACAAUCUAUUGUAUCUAUUUGAAUAUGCUACUAUUCGAUCUAUCUUCUGAAUGUGUCUAGAGUAUUUCUUUGUUUUGUGUUGCAUUAUUUGCAUACUGUUGCAGUAAAUCAAUUCCAAAGUAUUAUAUAAAUAUAAUAUAAUAUAUUUAACGUUUUCUUUAUAAUUAAUAUUUUAAGUUUAAUUAAAGUUAAAGUAGUGCAAAUGUUAUUUUGUUUAGAAUAUCUUUUCGUUGUGAGUUAUUAAUAAAGGCGAUUAUUAAUAAAGAAAAAUUUAUUGUGAAAUAAAGUAAUUACAAUUUCAUAUAUAUUCCAAUUGCCACGGAAUGCUUCCUUCAUCGGAAACAAAAUAUCUAGCUAAUGUAUCUCGUUGUCUUGCAGCAGCAACUGUACCAAUGUUAGCUCCAACUCGCCCUAAAGGAUUAAUAAAGCCAUUUUCUCUUA